AUGCCCCGCGCAACCCGCUCGACACCCGCGAACCGCUCUCCCACUCGUGCCGCACCCGCCCAACAGCCACCAGAAGCCCCCUCCUCGUCCUCCAACUCUCCCAAGAAGCGUGCGCGUCCCGACGCUUCCCUCGACAUGCCUGACGCGCUCGAGGCGAUGGAGCACAGGGAUAGCGAGGGAAGGGUUGCGAGUGCGCCGAGGAAGACGCGUAGGACGGGCAAGGCGAAGGAGGGGAGCGAGUCGAAUGUCGAGCAGUCAGGUGGGGGAGAGUCGGGCAAAGCUGCGACGGGGGAGAACGGGUCUCCCUUGCACGAGACUCGCUCGAGCGCAGCUAUGGUGACCGACGACGAGCCAGCCGUGCCUGGCGGAGACGCCUCGCAAGCGUCUAGCUCGACUCUCGAGCAGGCGCAUGAUGGUCAAGUCAUCUUCGACGGUUCGGGCAUGUCAGCGGAGCAGCGGAGAAAGGCGAAGGGCAAGGGGAAGGCUGUCGAGCAGGAGGAGGUCAAGAUGGAGGACGCAGGCGAGGACGACGAGUUGACGAGGUUGAGGAAAGAGCUGGCGGUCAGCAAGGAACUCAUGGCACAGCAACAAGCCGCUCUCGCGUCCGUCCACUCCGCCAUCGCCUGCGCAAUCUGCACCGAGCCUCUUGACCGCCCGUACUCGCUGCAGUGCGGCCACGUCUUCGGAUCCUUGAUGAUCCACAGCUGUCGCAAAUGCCUCGUCACCUGGUUCUUCCGUGCCGAUCCCGAUGAAGAAGACCGCCAAAAUGCAGCCGCUGAACAAGCUACCGGCUCCUCCUCCUCCUCGUCUUCCUCGUCGGACGAAGACGACGCCUCAUCCUCCUCCGGCUCGAUCCACUCACACAUGGGCGGCCACAUCAACGGCCGAGCAUUCAACAUUACCAAUCUUGGCGACGACGACGAGCGCAAGCAGCGGAUCUUUGACGCGACAAACGAGGCGUUGCUCAAGUACGGGUUCGACUUGCCGCCUGAUGUGGUGAGGAGGUCGUUGGCUGGCGGUCGUCGAGCUGCCGACGACGAAUCGGAUGGAGGGAGGAUCGUCGAGCUUGAGGAGGACGGGAAGGAGAAGGACGAGGGAGAGGAGGAGAAGCAGCUCACGCGCGACGAGCUGAGGCAGAAGCGGCUCGCUGCGUUGGCUCGCUUCGGGCUCAAGGUCGGUGGUGCAGGGGAUCCAGCGGCUUUGACGAGUAGCGGCAGGUUCGAGGAGGUCAAGGAUGAGGAGAAGGGCGAUGAGCAGCCUGUUGCAGGACCGUCGACCGCUCGACCCGCUGCGGCCACGACGAACGCCUCCGCAUCGACCAGCGCCCCUCGCCGUCCCGAAACAGCGUCAGCCGGUGCCCCUCCCGCCCCGCCCAAAUCGCCUCUCAAGCCCCGCCCGCCCCCUCCUCCCGUCCCUGUCGGCGCCCACCGCGCCAAGAACCUCGUCUGCCCAUCCUGCCGCGCCAUCUGCUCCGAGCACUCCCCCAACCGCGUCUUCGUCCUCGACGAGAUCGUCACCUCGAUUCGGCGGUCGAACGUCGACGAGUCUGGUGCGGUCGGAUCGAGUGCGGGUGCGUGGCGUGCGAGGACGGAGACGGCGGAGGACGGAUGGCCGGCCAUGGACGAGGCGGACGAGUCGUGGGGUGGGUUGUUCCCCGGACCUGGUGGGAAGGAAAGUGCGAGCGAUAGGCGGAGGAGGCUCGCGCAGAUCGUGAGGGACCGGGAUGACGGAGUUAGACGAUGUGGAGAAUGCAACUGGGAGCUCGACGAGCGGACUGGAAUCUGCGAGGGUUGCGGCCGUCGAUGGGACAUCUCGGACGACGACUCGGACGACACGGACGACACGGACGACUCGACUGACGACCACACAUUCGGCGGCCUACUCGGCUUUGGUCGCCAUCGUCUCGGACGCCAGCACCACGACGUGGAGCUUUCUGGGUCGGAUGACGACUCGGACGAUGGCUCUCAGCCAGCUCGAGCGGCGCUCUACGACUCUCAGGAGUCGUACGAGAGCGACUUUGUCGUCAAGUCGGACGAGGAGGAAGAGCAGGAGCGGGAGCGGACCGAAGCUCGCCUUCGCCGUCGUCGCGAGGCAGUCAGGCGCCGCCAACGUCGUCUCGAGGCUUCGGACUCGGAGUCAAGGGGAUCUGGGUCGUCUGGAUCCUCGUCGGCGUCCAAGUCUGGCUCGGACUUGUCGGAGGAAGACAACGACACCGAUGACGAGCGUGAUGCACGUCGUCGCCGCCGUGCUCGCCGCCAGCAAGGCGAGCGUAUCGACCUCGGUUCCGACACCGAUUCGGACGAGGAUGGAUCGCAAGGCUCGUCGAACGGGAGCGGAGAUGCGUCGAGUGGAUCGGGAUCGGACAGUGGGGGCGGCAGCGAGCGAGGUGGUGGACGCGGCUUCCUCGACGACGAGGCGAGCGUCAAGAGGAGCAAGAAGAAGCGCAUCAUCAUCGACUCGGACUCGGAGGACGACGAGUAG